AUGCCUCUCGACUCUGCCCUAUCGACCGACGAUAGCCCCGCUGUACCAUCUGACUGGAAACCAACCCCGGAGGAAGAAGCCCGCAUCUUCAAACGAUGGCAAGGAUUCACGGCAGCGGAACGAUCAAAGGACACCUCAUCUUGGGUAUGGGGAUACGGUAUUGAGAUCCAGUCUAAGGCGGCGAGACGGUGGAUUUGUAUGCCAUGUAUCCGCCAAAGAAGCCACAACCCGCAGUCAUACGACUCUAGAGGCACACAGAACGCUGAACAUCACUUAUGGAAAUCCCACGGUCAUUGGGAUCUAUCAGGAAAACGCCCGGCACCCUCUGUGACGAAGGGGGGGAAGAGGAUGUUCUCUUCCAUCACCGAUAUCUUCAAUCUCAGCCGCGACGACCCAAAGGAGCAGUCCUUGGCCAACAAUCUGAUCAAACGGUUUGAUCGAGGGCAUUUCCAAAAGCUCAUUGUCAACUGGAUUGUCGAUAGUCAACAGUCCUUCCAACAGGUCGAAAACCCUCGCCUACGGCACAUAUUCGAAUAUCUUAACCCCGCAGUUAAGGUCACAGACGCCCACAUCUCGAGGCAUACGGUUCGGCGCCUGGCAAUUCAGCGCUUCGAGAAGCACAAGACGAGGGUGAAGGAAAUACUGAAGGCAGCCCCUGGGCAGAUUCACAUUGCCUUUGACGGUUCUAGGAGCAGGAACAGGCAUACGUUAUAUGGAAUCACGGCAGUAUCCAGGAACGUCAAGAAUGAACCGCAGAAAAUCGUCCUUGGCCUUCCCGAACUAAUCAACCGCCAUACCGGGGAGAACAUCGCGGCAGAGGUGCUCGACGUCAUUCGCUCGUUUGGCAUUGAGCACAAGCUUGGAUAUUUCACCCUCGACAACGCAGGUAACAACGACACAGCGAUGGAGAUUAUCGGCCGAAUUUAA